GGCUAUUCUGCAAACCUUCCCUCAGAAUCGAGAGCACGAGUAUAGACAAGUUGAAGUCCGGAGCAGCAUCGACGGAAUUCAGAUAUGACCCUAGUCACAGAAUUACCAAGCAAGUCGGCUACUGAUCAUGAAAGCUCAAUAACAAUGAAUCAAAGUAUAAUCAACCAUCGAGACCUGCUCUGGCAUGUGAAUCAUGAGAUAUUCUCAAACCCAGAGAUCGCUUAUGAGGAAGUCACUGCUCACGAUACACUCGUAGCAGCGUUGCAAGGCGAAGGUAUCAAGGUAACACCUCACGCAUACGGGAUCCAAACGGCUUUCGAAGCUGAAUUCGGAUCUGGAGGCAGAGUUUUGGCUUUCAACGUUGAAUACGAUGCUCUCCCUGGUCUUGCAGUCGUAGAUGCUCUCAAACAAAGCGAUAAAGCUGGUCGUGUGCGAUUACUUGGCACACCAGCAGAGGAAGCGAUCGGAGGAAAGAUUGCACUGAUCGAGGCGGGAGCAUAUGCAGAUGUCGAAGCGUGCAUGAUGAUGCAUCCAACGAGCCAGAGUGUAUAUCCCGAUGAUGUGCUAGGCGAUGCUUUCGACAAGACUCUGGCAAUCUCGGGAUUUCGAGUGACGUUUCGAGGCAAACCAGCUCAUGCUGCCUUGGCUCCAUGGAAAGGAGUCAAUGCUCUGGAUGCUGCUGUUCUUGGAUAUACCAGCGUUUCUGCUCUACGACAGCAGCUACAGCCGGAUGAACGGAUUCAUGGCAUUAUUGCUGAAGGAGGAGUAGCUGCCAAUAUCAUUCCUGACAGAGCGGUUCUGGAAUAUGGAGUAAGAGCGCCAAGCCUCGCUGGAGCUGAGGCGUUGCAAGAACGAGUCCUUAAUUGCUUCAAAGUCGCAGCGCAGGCCACUGGGUGUGAGAUCGAGGCUGAGAUUUUGGGAGUGUAUGCUGACCUUCGAACCAAUUUGUCGAUAUGUCGAGCAUUCCAACAAGCGAUAGAGGGCAUGGGUCACAAGAUGCAAUGCAACGUCGACCGUGAAACAACGCCUGCAUCGACUGAUCAAGGCAAUGUCAGUUAUGUAUGCCCGAGUUUCCAAGGUAUCUUUGGGAUCCCAUCUGAGAAUGCCUUCCCCCACACCGCAGGGUUUGCACAGGGGGCAGGUUCGAUCGCUUCAUUCGAGCGGUGUCUCUUGUCGGCUGAAGGAAUGGCAAUUGCAGCUUAUCGUUUUCUGAUGGACGAUGACCUCGCCAAUGAGGUGAAGAAGAACUUUCAACAUCAGAAGUCUCUUGAUUAG